GGUACAUCGAUAGUUAAUGUGGAAUAAUAAUUGUGUUUUUGUGGGCAGCACGAAAGGUUUUUGACGUUUGGGUGUUUACGGUUUGAUUCGAUUGCAUUUUCAUACAGUAGCUGUGGCAUUGGUCAUAUUUCUAUUAGGACUACAAAACAGACGAAAAUGUCGCAUAACGUGAAAGUGUGUGACAUAGAGGACGACGUAAAAGAGGCGCUGAAAGCAUUUCGUUUUCGUAAGAGCGAUAAAAAUGCCGCGUUGAUAUUAAAAGUCGAUCGAGAAAAGCAGAAAAUAUGCAUCGAUGAACAAUUAGAGGAUGUAAGUCCUGAUGACCUCAGAGAACUCCUCCCAAGCCAUCAGCCAAGGUUUGUUGUUUAUAGUUACCGAAUGGAACAUAAAGAUGGAAGAAUCUCAUUUCCCAUGUGUUUCAUCUACAUCACACCAAGAGAUAGCCAAAUGGAGUUGCAGAUAAUGUACGCUGGCACGAAAUUGGCUCUGCAAAAGGAAGCUGACCUGACUCGCGUUUAUGAGGUCCGCGAGCUUGAUGAAUUAACAGAGGAGUGGCUGCAGGAAAAGCUCAGCAAGUGAAAGCCACAGCAUAAUUAUAAAAACUGUUUAUAUUAAAGUUCAUUAAUCUACAGUAUUUUGUACAAAUCACAUCUAAAAAAUGGAGCUGACCAGUUACAUGCAAAUAAGAUAACAGCCAAGUUUUUAUGAAUAGUGGUGAAACACUCCCAUUCUGCUACUUAGGAGAUAUUUGCAACACUGUGAUGUAUGAGCACACAAACACACACAGUUGUCCAUGACUAUAAUUGUGACCAGAGGUAAUGAAUACUGUAUGCACAGGCUCCCAGCUGCAGUUUAGUUUGAUAUGAGGGAGUAGAUCAUGC